GUGCAUUGCGAUAUGACCUCGCCACUGGUCUUUUUUCAGCAGUUGCUUUUGAAACUUCGAAGGUGUUGCAACGACUGGCACGCGACUAGUUAAACCUAUUCCGCACGCGCUAUACUUACACCAGUGACUGAACCCAUCAUCCAUCCGGUCAUCUUGAAUUAUGUCAGAAAAGGUUGCAAGUCACAGUGGAGUCACCCGACAAACUGACGUUUCAUCCAGUUCACCACCUUCAAAUGCGCCCGGACGACUGAUAUCAAAUCGAGUUUUUGUUGGCAAUAUCCCGCCAAAUCUUGUUGAACGUGAUCUUAUAAUGCUGUUUCAUCGGUUUGGUAAGAUUCGCGACGUCAAAAUCAUACCGGAACACACACGCAACAAGUCUUACGGCUUUGUUACUUUCUUCAGUGAAGCCGACGCCAGGCGAGCCAUUCAAGCGUCAGUGCAAAAUGAUUCUGUAAUGUGGGGAGAUCGUAAGCUCAACGUUGCUCCAGCAAUCAAACGGGUCAACAGUAAUAAUCACAGUUCACCGUCAUCUAGUUCAAACGGCUUUUAUCAGCCUUCUCGACUUGCCAAUAGUCCAUAUUAUGCCAAUUCAGUGCCAGUGCCUGCAGCAAACACGAUGUACACCAACACAGGAGUUGUGUCGCCUGCUGAUGUACAACCUCAGCUCGAUCACGGACAAGUCGAUUCCAGCAAUAAUGCGAUGUAUCAGUCAGCAAUGAUUUGCCGUUUGCCUCAUCAAUAUGCCAUGACGCAGUGCCAUCAGUAUUCGUCGUCUUCCACCGGCCAUUAUUUCGUCUCACCUGGAUUCCAGCCUUAUGUCCAGACUGGGAGUCCAAUUCCAGCUGGUCACCAAGCAGCGCACUAUGCUUCUUAUGCGAGCAUCACGGCUGUGCCGUUGACACCUCCGUGCUCUUCAGCUUCUCGAGAUAACAGCGUGGUUAUGGACGGCCAAUCAGACAUGUGCGCAGAUAGCAGUGCUGGCGAUGGCGGCAAUAGCAGUCAGGUAGAUCUGCCUUUGCGAGACGACAUGCACACCCAAUUUAGAAUCCCCUACGAUCAUGCACCAGUCUACUACCUCAAAGUCUUCGUCGCCCCAGCACCACUUCGUUAAACAGUAUUCUGCACCUUUCAAAAUCACCAGUGGCUGCCGCUUUUAAUUUAUUCUCAAGUAUUUACUUCAAUCUUUGUAACUUUUUUUUAUCUCCAUUGUAUGUCAUACCCUGUAGUGCCUUUUUUGUUUUUAACGUGUUGCACCAUUGUAAUGUGCAAGUUGACGAAAAGUUCG